AUACGCCCCCAAACACACAAAACUCUCACCAUCCACACAAUCCAACUAUAGCACCCCAAAACGUAAACAUAAAGAUUAGGAAAAUGAGUUCCUUACAACAACUUUCUGUGCACAGUAGUACCAGCUCAAAGGUCAUUACAGAGAAGAGAAGAUCAGUAAUAAUCCCUUCCAAUGGCGGCAGUAUACUAGAGAGCAAGCCAACGAUUCAUGAUAUCGACAAAAGCGCCGAAGCUUUCAUCCAAAACUUCCGGCGACAGCUUCUUCUUCAGUGCAAUAACAUCCUCCCUAGCUAGAGGACGUCUUUG